GCUACGUACGCACACAUACAUACAUGUUAAUAUAAUCUGUUCGUUUGAAUCUGUAUAUAUAUAAUCAUUAUUUGUAUUCAUAAUAUUAAAUAAAAAUAUUUAUGGUUUUAUUUGUGUUUUCAUUACAGGAUUGUGUGAUCAACUGAUCAUAGCUAAUAUUUCCCUUGACCUGUGUGUGUGUUAAAUGAUAUAAAGGUGAAGCGUAAUGACACUCAAAAACUUUUUUACUUCAACUGAAUUAAAAGAUGGGAUUACGUCUCCUGAAAGAGUUAAGGAUCUAGUUACUGUAAUGCAAAAAGAGAAAGAGUGUGUUGAGAAUGAUGUUGGCCCUGCAGCCCGGGUUUGGUCUACUGUUGCAGAUGUUAUUGCAGUUUCCGAAAGCAAAGACUGUCUUGAUCUGUUUGUUGAGUUAGAUGGAGUUGGGGUUAUUAAUAAAUGGCUUGAUGGAUUUAGAGAGUUUGGUAAUGAUUCCGGUAACGUGAUUGUUGGAGAAUCAGUUAUUGCUUUGUUAAGGGUGCUUGAAAAGUUGCAGAUAGAUAAGCAUAGGCUCGUGGCGUCUGGAGUAAGAGAAACUGUGAUGAAUUUUGUUGGUCAUGGUAAUUCUGCAGUUUAUGUAAAAGCAAAAGAUUUGUGUGAUAAAUGGGUUCAAAUUCAGGACACUGAACUUGCACUUGGUCAUGAAGAGACCAAAGAUGGCAUGAAACAAGUGGAGAAUGAAGAGGUCAUGGACCCUGCAACAACCAAUAACCAAGAGCCUUCUGGUCCUGUUAGUUCACCUGGUGCUAAUGAUGUUGUCGAGUCUGCUAUGAAGACUGAUGUGAGAGAAAAUGAAUAUAUGAUGAAUGUUAGUGAUGGAGCAUUGCAGGACGCAACUCGUCCAAAAGUUGAUUCGGGUACAGAAAGUGGUAGUGAGGGUAAUGAUGUGAAUAAACAUGUUGGUGGUCAAAGUGAAGAUGGUCUUGGAACUGAGGAUGGUGUGGUGAGCGAAGGGUCUGAUGUUGAUAUGGAGGCUGAAAGAGAACUUGAUUCUAUUGAACAAAGUUGCGCUACUUCUGAGAAACUAUCUGGUUGUGGUACCGAGAGGCCAAAGAGUCCCGACUCUAAUAAUGAAAAAGAAAGUGAAACAGUUGAGGGUUCGGAUCAUAAGCAUGAUAUUUCCGUGUCACAAGUUUCUGAGGCACCUCAAAAAUCUAAAAGAGACUUUCUGGGGGUUGAUUUGAAUGAUGAAAUUUGCUUUGAGAAUUUCUCUGAAUGUUCUGUAUCUGGGGCCUGCAGCGUCUCAAAACAUCAGUCAAGUUGUCUUAAUAUUGAUCUGAAUGCUGCUGAUGGCAGCGAGGAUAAAAACGUGAUCAUAUCUGGUCUUCCAUCUGGGGAAGAAUCUAAUGUAGAUGCAGGCCCAAGGAGAUCAAUGAAGUUGGAUCUAGAUCUUAAUAGUCUUGGUGAUGGCAGCUUUGUUAAUGUUAUUCCAGAUUGGAAACUGGAUGGACGAGCAGCCCAUUUAAACCAGAACAGGUGUCAAAGUCCAUCUCAGUCAUCUUCGUCGUCUUCAAUGCAACCUUAUACAAAGAAAAUCGAUUUGAAUUUGAUUGGCCAGGCAAAUUUCCCAAAUGUUACUUCUUUGGAUCAUCAAAAUGGCUUUUUUUCACUUUUUGGCACGCAAUUGGAAGUGAACCACCACGGGCUAGGGUCUUCCAUGGGUGUGUAUGGUCAUACUCAUUCUCAACCAGGCCCCUGUAUGCGUUUUUCUCCUGACAAGCUACUAGGUGAACCCACUUCCUAUGUUGUCGACCCAAAACUAGGUCUCCAAGUUUCACAUCAAUAUAUAGGCUCAUCAGACCAAGUGCCGCCUCUCAUCACGAACUUCGUUGCUGGUCCAUCGUCUGAUCCAACUGAUACUGUACCCUUACAACUUAACUUGGGUUUGAGCUCCAGUUUCAUGGUCCAUGGUGGAAAUAGUGGAGGCUCACCAGUUAUUACAGGGAAACGAAAAGAACCAGAUUGCGGAUGGGAUGGUCUGCAAGUCAACUACAUACACAAACAAGCACCCUGGAUUUAAAGUGUUUGUUUCCAUAGCAUUCAGCAGAAGAGAAGAAUAUUAGUUUACGUUGAACGAUAAAGAUGUAAAAGAAUCACCUAGAGAGAGUUAAUUGAGAUAGAAGUUAAGUUUCGAACUAGUUUUCAAUUGCUUGCUUCUCAUAGAAAGCUACACUAACAAAAGAAGAAGUGGCCGGUCUUACAUCAAAGUAGAUUACUAUAGACAUUUUUAUCAAGAAUCAUGCUUGUUCUGUACCUUGUUUUAAACUUUGCUAACUAGGAAAUUCAACAUAAGAUUCCCUAUAAUUUGUUCA